AUCGUAUGAUUGAGGAACGGCCUCUGAUAAAUAGAAGGCACCACCUCUCUUUCCCACCGAUCUUUGCCUUCCCCCAGUCCAAGCACGACGAAGAAGAGGACCCAGAUGACUGCUGUGACGAUCGAUCCCAGUAGGAGCUCGCUGCGGCGCUACCACCACGCCAAUGGCGCCGGCUCGUCCUCUGAGGCGCCCUAUGCGCUGGUGACGGGCGCGACGGGAGGCAUGGGCGAGGAGUGGGCUUACCAGCUCGCCGAGCAGGGCUUCAACGUCAUUAUCCAGGGACGCAACAGAUCCAAGCUCGAGUCAGUGCGCGACACGAUCCUCGAGCGCACAUCGCACGCUCGCAAGGUGGAGCUGCUCGUGUGCGAGGCCACCGUCUUCCCCAACCCCACGCUGACGUCGACCCUCACGGCGCUCCUGGCGCGGCCCGACAUUCGCCUGACAAUUGUCAUCAACAACCUCGGUGUCCAGUCGGACGGCUAUCCGGCUCUCGACGAGAUCUCGUCCGAGGAAAUGUCGGGCAUCAUUCUUGCCAACACCAUCUUUCCCGCCGAGGUGUCGCGCAUCGCACUGCCGCACCUCAAGACGCACCAGCCCAGCCUCCUCGUCGUCAUUACCAGCCUGGCCGCCUGGGUGCCCACGCCCUACUUGAGCCCAUACGCAGGCACAAAGGGCUUCGAUGUCGCCUUUUCCAAGGCCCUCUACAACGAGAUGCGCUCCGAGCAGCAGCAGGUCGACGUUGUCUGCAUGGCCCCAGGCCAGGUGGCGUCGAACCUGUACAAGGGCCCCAUCACACUCAUGGCACCCACCUCGGAGGACUGGGUCCGCUCAGCGAUCCACUCGCUCCGCCCUGGCUGGCUCUUCACGCGGCCAGCUCCACAGAUUACGCCCUACUGGCCUCAGUACCUCGGCCAUCUCUUUCAGAGCCUGAUGCCAUCCAUUGUCGGUGACAGCAUCAGCAUCUCCAUGGUCAGGGCCAUGCGUGCCGAGCACCUGGCAAAGUCAAAGUAGUAGACGGAUCCUUGUACAUGUCAUGAUAUGACGAUACCCUGC